CCGCCCAUCCCGUCCCAACCCAUCCCACCGCCCAUCCGUCCAUCCGUCCAUCCAAGCCGCCCCUCCGGCAGCUCGGUACCGCCCCUCCGGCGGGGUGUUCCGUGCGGGCCCGGCGCGGCCGCAGCGCUGCGGGGCCAUGGCGGAGCUCCGGGCUCGCCUCGAGGCGCUGGAGCGGAGGAUGGAGCGGGCGGAGGCGGCGCUCCGGGACCGGCCCCUGGCGGCCCUGCGGCUCCACGGGGCGGUGCUGCAGGUCCCGGUGCUGUUCGAGGAUGUGGCAGUGCGGUUCAGCCGGCAGGAGUGGGCAAGCCUGGACGAGGGACAGAAGGAAAUGUACCGGAGCGUCAUGGAAGGCAACUACGAGAUGCUGGUGUCCCUGUACUGUGCCCUGUCCAAGCCUGAGCUGUUAUUACAGCUGGAAAGAGAAGAGCUGAGCACGGUGUCAGAAUUGGAGCCAGAGGCAGCAGAGGUGUCCCCAGAGCUGGCUGUAGAGCCAACCCGACAGAACUGCACCAGCGAUGACACACUGCUGGAGACAGAGACAAUGGAGAGGGGCUGCAGGGAGCCAGAGGAAAGUGGGAAUGUGGCAGAGGAAAGCAGGAACCUGGUGGAGGAAAGCAGGAGCCCAGUGGAGAUAAGUGGGAGCCUGACAGAAGAAAGUGAGAACCUGGUGGAGGAAAACAGGAGCCCAGCAGAGGAAAAGAGGAGCCCAGCAGAGGAAAAGAGGAGCCCAGCAGAGGAAAACAGGAGCCUGGCAGAGGAAAGUGGGAACCUGGCAGAGGAAAGCGGGAACCUGGCAGAGGAAAGUGGGAAGCUGAUGGAGGAAAGCAGAAGCCCAGUGGUCGCAGAGAUCUGCAGCAAACCACCCGUCCCUCUGGAAGCCGCUGCUGUCCUGGCGGAUCUCAGCCAGCUGUCCCCUCCCCGCCCGCUCUCUGUGCGCUGUCAGGAAGCUGUGGGUCAGAACUGUUCUCCUCCUGCAGCAGGAGAUGCUGAGGCGGCGAUCCCAAUGGAGGUGCCGCAGGAGAAGGUUGCUGCAGAGAAACCACCAAUACCCAAAACACCCUCUAAGGGUCCUGAAGAGGAUGAGGGUCCGGAAAAGGAGGCUGUGAAAGAUUCAGGGAAUACCGGCCAAGAUCUGGUGGCCAACAUUUCUGAAGAACCAGGAGAAAAGGUGACACCAGAUGUCCACAGAACAACAGAACAGGCAGAUCCCAGCCCCGGGGAGCCAAAGAAGGAUUCCUGCGUGGGCCGGCCGGCAGCCUGUCAGCGAAAUGCCACACGGGAGUUUUACUCCUGCCCCAUCUGCAGGAAAACCUUCCUGCUGAAGAUCAACCUCCUGAUCCACCAGCGUGGCCACACCAACUGGGUGCCCUAUGUCUGCGUCCACUGCGACCGCAAGUUCAUGUCCAAGAAGAAAAUCAGGCGGCACCUCCGUGCCUGGGCAGUCAACGGCACCUGCCAGCCCUCGGAUGCAAAGGUGUGUCCCAGCCAGGGCCCGUGCCCCUUGGAUGCGAAGGUGUGUCCCAGCCAGGGGCCGUGCCCAACAUCCCAGUGUCCAACAUCCCAGCCCCCAGCCUGGGCACCCAAUGGCACCUGCCAGCCCUCGGAUGCGAAGGCGUUUCCGAACCAAGGGCUGUGCCCGGCAUUCCUGCCCCAAACCUGGGCAGCCAAUGGCACCUGCCAGGCCUCGAAGCCGGAGGAGUGUCCCAGCCAGACCCUGUGCCCGUCCUCCCAGCCCCAAACCCAGGGCAGGGACUGUGGCACCGUGUGGCAGGAGCCUGGCCCUGCCAGGUGCUCGCUGUCCUCUGGAAAAAUGAUGUACACAUGCAACGAGUGCCUGGAAACCUUCUCCAGCCAGGGCUUCCUGACGGUGCACCAGCGCCGGCACUCCGGCCACCACCUCAUCCUGUGUCCCUGCUGCAACCGCAGCUUCACCUGGGUCUCGGACUUUGUCCGGCAGCACUGGACGCACAUGGGUUUCCGGCCCCACCAGUGUGGCAUCUGCCAGAAGACCUUCAAGAGGUUCUCCCACCUCAAGGCUCACCAGAGGAUCCACAGGCGGCAGGAGCGGCCGUUCACCUGCGCUAACCCGGUGCCCAUGGCGGCGGCACCCGCAGCAGGAGACAGGGUGGGAAACCAGGACGUGACCCCCCAGGGCUGGGGCACUGCUGUCAGACCUUGA